AUGCUUCAGAAGUAUGGGACCGUGAUCUCUGUGGGAGAUGAGGGCAGGAGCCUCCUGGAGGCGCCCGCAGCCUCCCCAGAGGUCUGGCCUCUGCAAGGCCCAGCCACCAUGUAUGUCCCAGUGCCGCAGGCCAGUGGUGUACAAGGCUGGACCGCGUCACCCGGGCCUGGGUUGGAGACACGGGCACCACUCAGGAAACCGUAUAUAUGUGAGCAGUGCGGCCUCGGAUUUGAUUGGAAGUCAGUAUUCGUCAUCCAUAGGCGAGCACAUGCAGGGAGCCAGCCGGCGUUCGGAAGUGCUGAGAGACCACCACCGAUCACUCCAGAGCCACGGUCGCGUCCCUGGCACAUCCCCACUGGCCCCUUCAGCUAUCCUUGUGAGGAGUGUGGACGAAGCUUCAGCUGGAAGUCCCAGCUGGUCAUCCAUUGUAAGAGCCAUGUUGGACAUAAGCGACACUUCUGUGGUGACUGCGGCCAAGCUUUUGAUUGGAAGUCCCAGCUGGUCCUCCAUAGAAAAAGCCAUCGGCCUGAGACCCUAUGA